UUCUCGUUCGUUGUUUUUCUUUCGUAGUCCCCUAAACUCCAACAGAGAAUCGAAAAUACUAGUAGUGAAAUCAGAAUUUGGGCUAGGGGUUUUAUUGUAGAUUGAGAGAACAUGAUGAAAUCGAUGCUGUCGAGAGAGACAAAGAAAAAGAAGAGAUGAAUGUGAAUGAUGGGUUUGAAUCAAAUCGAGUUAAAUAUAGGGUUUGAUGGGUUUUUCUUGAAACUGUGCACCUACUGCUGAUGAAGUUGAAUCGAGAAGAUGGGUAUUGUUUCUGCUACUGUAAUUGAAGUUGGUGAUAGUUUGAAUUAGUCGUUGUUGCUGAUGAUAUUGACGAUGUGAACUAGACGAAAUUGAAGUUAGGGUAUUGCUGUAUGGUGAAGAAAUUGAACCAAGAAUGGGUAAUUAGUUUGAAUUAACCGUUGCUGCUGCUGGUACUAUCUUCACCUGCAGCUCUCAAUCGACUGAAAUACCACCAUUACUACCAAUUUCAUCUUCUCUGACUUCUUCUACAAAUCGAGAUCAAUUGAGACUGCUGCCGAGCUGUUGUCAUGUGUUUCUGAGCAAUCUAAAGAAGAGGGAUAAACAAGAGUUCAUGAGAUUAUUAAAAUGAAGCUGUGGUGUAUCACCGUUGAAUUGAAGCCGCUUUUGUAAAUCUGAGAAGGAGGUCGGUAGAUGGAUGAAUUUGAAGAGGAAAUCAUAGAUGGGAUUGCAUUUGGUUUCAAGUGGUAACAAGCGGAUUUGGGUUUUGAAAUUGAGUUCGAAUUAUUGAGAAGAUCUGAUUUGUGUUGAUCAAGAACAACAAAGGAAGAACGUUGAACUUGAUUUAUGGUUCAAUUGAUAUGAAUUUGAAGGAUUAGAAGAACAGCAAGAAACUAGGGUUUCAGUUGGGGGUUUUAGGUUUGACAGAAGUUCAGAGAUAGUGAGAUGAACUGUUUGAGCUCAGCUGAAGGUGGAGACUAUUCGGAACUGGCAUUUCUGUUUGUUUGAGUGUGACUGGCAUGGAGUUGCACACGGUGCUGUGAAGGGUAUGAAGAUGGGUUCAGAAAUUAUAGCUUGAUGCUGUCUUGUUGAGAGAUGGGUUGAUGUUGUUGAAUGUGUUGAAGUUUCAGAUGGAUGCAGGAGCGUAGGAACUGGUGGUGAUGAUUUACAAGCUUUGGUGCUACUGAAGCAACAGAGGAUGCAGCUAGAAUGUGGUUCAGGUAUUGAUACUGUGUGAUGAAGUUGAGGCUGCAAAGUCAGUUGCAGUGAUAGUGAACUGAAAUGAAGCAUUAGAUGUAUGCUUAGGAACAUUACAGGGAAAGAUAUUGCAGGAAUGGAGAGUGUGAUGGUGUUUGAAGUUGUUAUGAUACUGCAAUACAAGAUGGAGUUGAUGGUGGUGCAGUGAAAUUCGACUUCAUCUGCAGCUGCUGAUAAUGGAGGAGAUGCAAAAGGUGGUGAAUGAAGUUACAGAGAUGGGUUCAACAGAUUUUAGGGGUUUGAGAAGAUUGACUGGAAUUGCUGGUCAUGUUGAGCUUUAAAUGAAGAAGAUGAGAUUGGAGCUGAAUAUUGCAGAUGGUGGUGGUGCUGAGAAUUGCAGGAUAUUGCACCUAAAAUCUGAACUGAUGAAUAUGCAGUAGAGAGUUUAGCUCAUCCAUGAGAAGAAAAUUGAAGCCCUGCUGAUGUGAUGGGGGAAGGAUUCAUCGGCAAAGAUAUGAGUUUUGAAAAUUCAGCCGGUUGGGCUAAAGCACAGGCAGUAGCUUUGAAGAAUAGUGCAAAUUUUACAGUUUUCUUCAGAUGCAGUUUCGACGGGUUUCAGGACACGCUGUAUGUCCACAAAGGAUACCAAUUUUACAGAGAGUGCGAUGUGUAUGGAACAGUUGACUUUAUUUUCGGGGACGCAGCUGUAGUAUUUCAGCGUUGUAAUUUAUACGCGAAGAGACCAGGCCCCACACAGCAAAAUGCAUUCACAGCCCAAGGGAGACAGCAUCCAAAUCACCACAGUGGUAUCUCAAUUCUCAAUUGCACUGUUACAGCAGCUCCUGAUCUGGUACCCGUGAAAACUCAAUUUAAGACAUUUCUUGGAAGACCGUGGAAAUUGUAUUCAAGAACCGUUUAUUUGAAUUCAGUCAUUGAUGAUGUUGUGGAUCCGCUUGGAUGGUUGGAAUGGAAUGCUACUUUUGCUCUAAGUACGCUUUACUAUGGUGAAUACAUGAAUAAUGGAACAGGAGCAGAUACCACUAAUAGGGUUAAGUGGCCAGGGUAUCGUGUAAUCAAUGAUUCUUCAGAAGCCAUGCAAUUCAGUGUAGCCUCACUGAUUGAUGGCACCAAUUGGUUACCUUCAACCAAUAUUCCAUUCUUUCCAGGUUUAAAUGCUAGUGAAGGUUAAGGUUGUUAUCCUGUUGUUUCUCUACUGUGAGUUAAGAGUGGAAAUGAAUAGUUCUGACUUUGAUUUCAAAUUGAGUUUAAUAAAGACUUGGGUUAGUGCUGCAUUAACAAAUGAAUGAUACUUGUAUGGAAAGAUUAGGGGAAGAAGAUGUUGCAGGAAUUAUUAAGAAAUGCUGUUUAUGGCCUCAAAUACGAAUUGGGAUCAGGUUUGAGUAAUUGAAGGCCAUUGUGAUAACCAUUAUAUUUUGGCUGCUUUAUUUUGUUCUGAAUAUGUAUCAUUUAUGUGCACAUUUCUUACUUACGUCACUAGCUCAUUCAAUCUUGUCCAAUACUGUUUGUUUCUGAUUUGAUCUCAUGUAUGCUAGAAUUUGCUUAUUGAUAA